AUGCUUCUCUAUCACUUUGCUAAGAUUCUAGACAUUCAUCCCGGGAACCUCUUGCUAGGCGUCGUAGAUGACGAUUCACAGCUCGAAUUUUUGGCUUCCAUGGCCUUCAAAUCACCUGUCGCUCGGAAACAAGCCUCGGAAUGUCGAACAAUAUACCUCUCACGACUCAUGCGCCCAAGGCCAGGUUCAAUCCUCUUAUCAGACUUUGGUGAGGCGAGGGUCGGUCUUGGACCUCAUGCGGACGAUAUCAUGCCCAUCCCAUACCGUGCACCUGAAGUCAUCAUGAGCAUGCCAUGGAACCAGUCUGUAGACAUCUGGAGCGUUGGCCUGACUGCCUGGGAUCUUCUCGGUACAGAUCGGCUGUUCACGGCGAUGGAUGGAGACGGAGAAAUGUACGAUGCAGCGCAUCUAGCCGAACUCAUAGCGGCGCUGGGUCCACCACCUAGGGAAUUUUUAAAGAGGAACCCUCGGAGGGCAGCCGACUUUUGGGACGAGCAAGGUAAAUGGAAAGGACCCGCACCUAUUCCCAAGAAUCGCUCCCUGCAAGAGCUUGAGACGAAGCUCCGGGACAGCUCGGCUUUCAUUGCGUUUCUGCGACGCGUAUUGACGUGGAUGCCAGAGAAUAGGCCUACUGCGAAGGCACUACUACAGGAUCCGUGGUUAAUGACUAAGAGCAGUGCUAGUGCGAAAGUUGAGUCGAUGGAUGCCGAGGGGCAGUAA